GCCCCCGAAACUCCGGCUCCAUGGGCGGGGCACGGCUGGCCGGGCCCGCGCCGCCUUUCGGUUUCUCUUCCAGGAAGGAAAACACUGGUGGGCAGUGGGGGCCGCGGCGGCAGCGCCCGCCCUCUCCCUCCCUCCUCCCGCUCCCUCCCUGCCCCGCGCACACGCGCGCUCAUACACGCGCGGUCCCGCACACCCGCGCACACGGCUACGCGCGGCGGGGGGCGGCAGCUUCCGAGCGCCCCCCGGAGAGCAGCGGCGGCGGCGGGGAGGGGACCCCAGGCAGCUCCGUCGGGCCGCGGUGGCGGCCGCAACUUCCUCCUGAGGAGCUGGCGGGGAGUGGGAGGUGGGAAGAGCCCCAGAAGUUCCCGGCCGCCCGCUGGGCUGCGCGGAGCUCCUCCUGAGAGAUGUCUGAGCCUGCUGCCCAGUGCUGCAUCAAGCAAGAGAGAAUUUCUUACACACCUCCAGCCAGCCCAGUACCAAAUUACGCUUCCUCGUCACCAUUACAUGUCCCAGUGCCUCGAGCAAUCAGGAUGGAGGAAGACACGAUCAGACUGCCAGCACAUCUGCGUUUGCAGCCCGUUUACUGGAGCAGGGACGAUGUUGCACAGUGGCUCAGGUGGGCGGAGAAGGAGUUUUCCCUGAGGCCAAUCGAGAGCAACACUUUUGAGAUGAAUGGCAAGGCUCUGUUGCUACUGACCAAAGAGGACUUUCGAUACAGAUCUCCACAUUCAGGUGAUGUUCUGUAUGAACUCCUUCAGCAUAUCCUGAAGCAAAGAAAAUCUCGUAUGCUGUUCUCACCUUUCUUCCAUCCUGGGAACUCUAUCCAUGCUCAGUCAGAGGUUCUAUUACAUCAGAACCAUGAUGAAGAUAGCUUUGUCCAGAGACCUUCAAGACCAUCCACAGAAGCAGUCCACCACAGCACCCCAACCAUUGAACUGUUGCAUCGUUCUAGAUCACCUAUCACCAACAACCACCGUCCAUCACCAGAUUCCGAUCAGCGGCCACUGAAGUCCCCUAUGGACAACACUGUCCGUCACCUCUCCCCAGCCGACAGGGUGCCAGGGGCAAGGUAUCAUCAAGAGAACAACCACCAGGAGCCCUAUCCUCUCUCAGUGUCCCCAGUAGAGAACAACCACUGCCCACCUCCUCCUGAGGUACUUCAGAAGCCCUCCAGCCCUCGCCAGGAGAACACCAGGGUCAUCCAGCUGAUGCCCAGCCCUAUCAUGCAUCCUUUGAUACUGAACCCCCGGCACUCUGAUUUCAAACCGCCGAGGUUGUCUGAGGAUGGGCUGCACAGGGAGGUAAAGCCAAUCAACCUGUCCCACCGAGAAGAGUUAGCUUAUAUGAACCACAUCAUGGUGUCUGUAUCCCCUCCUGAGGACCAUGCAAUGCCAAUUGGAAGAAUAGCAGACUGUAGGUUGCUUUGGGAUUAUGUUUAUCAGCUGCUUUCUGACAGCCGGUACGAAAAUUUCAUCCGAUGGGAAGAUAAGGAAUCCAAAAUAUUUCGGAUAGUGGAUCCCAAUGGGCUGGCCCGGCUGUGGGGAAACCACAAGAACAGAACAAAUAUGACUUACGAGAAAAUGUCCAGAGCCCUACGCCAUUACUACAAACUAAAUAUUAUCCGGAAGGAGCCAGGACAAAGGCUUUUGUUCAGGUUCAUGAAGACCCCAGAUGAGAUUAUGAGUGGCCGAACAGACCGCCUUGAGCACCUUGAAUCCCAGGCACUGGAUGAACAAAUAUACCAAGAAGAUGAGUGCUGAAGGGAACUGGUGCACCGCCUCUGUGGGUCUACGUGAGAAACAUCUGCUCGGAUGGCUGGCACGGUUUGGGAGGGGAAGCAACUCCACAGAAGCAGUAGUGAGGGUCUCCACUUAGCUUGAAGACCAUACAGGACCUGAAGCACCUUAACAAAACAAACUAACAGGCAGAAGUGGUGCUGGCAGAAAACUAAAUGGGAGAAAGCCUGGACUUACGCACUACUUCACUGUUCCUACAAAGUCUCCCUCAAGUUCUUUCUUUUUUUUUUUUUUCUUAAGUUUUUUGUUUGUUUGUUUGUUUUUGGUUGGGGUUUUGUUUGUUUGUUUGUUUGUUUUUCCCCUAAUAAACAUGUAGUUUGACUUCCCUUUUCUCACAUAGGGCAAAACGUGAGAUUAUGCUUUUUUUUCUUUGGAAGGCUUUCCUUUGGGAAUAGAGUGUUCUUAUUUUCCUUGCAAGUCUCAUGACAUAACACCACGUAGAACAAUAAUGACACAGAAGGGAUUUGCUCAAGGGUUCCAGUUUGCUUGGAUCAAUAUCUGUGCGCUGUGUCUGGUAAAUGUACUGAAGCUACAAAAGAAUUUACCACACAUAUCUGUCAAAUGAAUUAGUCAUCUUUCAUGUGUAGGCUGGGAUAGCAUCCCAACAUAGCUUGGGCUCAUGAAUCCUGCAAGUGGCUAUUAACUGCUAGCAUAUGGACCAAAACCAGUCACCUAAGCGCUCCAGGGAGGAGAAAAAUAAAUGUGGCAAACCUUUGAAAUAGACUGAUGUUGACAUUUUCCCUCCCUCUAGCAAAGAGGUGAUAGGAUGGAGUGGGGGAAGGGGGACAGGGGCAAGUAUAAAUAUAUAUGUACAUAUGUAAACCCCACAAUAUAUGCACAAUGCAGAAUUUCAGCUCAAAGGCUUUGAUAAAAAUCAAAGGGUAAAAUAUCUGAAAUUACAGAAGGGAGGUUUUGUUCUUAUACCUGCUAGCAAUUUUGGGGUGAAUGGUGAAGGACUUUCCAUUGAGCAUCUUAAGGAGAAUGCAAAGGGACCCAUCACGUGGUUUAUACUACUCAGAAACCACUCCAGGAUCAUUUUGUGCUGCUGGAGAGGUAGCUGAUUCACCAAUAUAAAAACCAGUGGUACAGAACUAGAAACCAAAUAGCUAUAGUGAUACCUUGGAAUUGGUUUUGUCUUUGGAGUUUGUUUUUUUAUGCUUCCCAACCCUUCCCCACCACAUGGCUUUCCCAUCCAGGAAUCUUGUCUCAGCUUGCCUGUUCUUAAUGUGAUUUAAAAGACCAGAAAAAAAGACAUCCCAGAUCUGUGUUGCUUUCUUGGGUUUGUUUUUGUUCUUUGCAAGGUGCCAUAUUUUUUACACCUUCUAUUUGGUUUACAGCAUGAGAGUGCUUUGCAGGAGGCAAGAGCCAUGCCUAUUUUGGUUGCCUAGGCUGGGAAGCUCAGCAGUCCUUAAUGCCCAGUACUAGAGGAACUACUGGCUCUUUGCAUUUCACACUGCUUGGGCUGCCAUGACAGGAAAGUCUGUGGUGUCCAGGUAUCCAGUGGUCCAUCAGCAGUGGUCCUCUUAAUGGAAAGAAGGCAGCUGCAGAAAUGAUACAUGCAAAGAGUGAAGAUGUACAGAGAAACUGUGCAGGAAUCACAUGAUUUCUGGAAGAAAACAUGUCCACACUAGUUCAUUAAUAACAGAAAGCCUCUUUUAUGGGAAAAUGCAUACUAGAAAUGGAAAAAAAAAAGGAUUAAUCUAAUCAGCUUCAACCAAAAAA